AUGAUUAACUGCCCACAAUGUACGCGGAGUGCCCCCGUAGAGGUGUCCCGAACGGGAAAAAAAUUAUCUGACGCGUGCCUUCUUCAACCCCACCGUUUUUGCUCCAGUAUCUGCUCGGAAACUUCCACGAAGAAUGGGUGCCCGUACAUCUACGCCAUUGAUAGUCAGAGCACGAAGCUGCGCAUUAUGCUUUCGGCAACGGAACCGACGCAGGCCCUCCGGGACGAUGGGUUGGUACCCGGGCUCUGCCGUCUUUAUCUUAAAGGCCGUUGCCGUCAGGGCGACCUCUGCCAUCAGGUUCAUGCGGACCCCAACGUGGUGGAGAUCCUCCGACAGGAGGCCUUACACGCCCCCUCCUGCUGCCAUCUCCACGGCGCAAAGUGCAACUUCGAGUCUUUUCCUCUCGGACUCACCUUCACCCUGGUGGAUUCCCUGAAAGAUUGCCCCAAAAGUCAAAAUUCAUCCACCUCUAAGGGGGGUAGCGCUCAAAGCGGGAGGACGAACAAGGCCGAGACGGACCCCAAGGAAGAGGCGAAAAGCCCUUCCCGUUCUGUUCGUCAGAAAUCUCUUCAGCAACUUCCAACUGGCACGGUCAUCUCGAUUCAUUCGCUCUGCCCGACAAACUACCUUUGGGCCCUUUAUUCUCAAAAAGUCAGUAGCCAUAUUUACCUUCCCAAGAAUAAGAUCUGUCGAGAGCAUCAGGUCGGGCUCUGCCACUUUGGGGAAGAAUGCAACUUCCUGCACUUGUGCCGUGAAAUUCCUAUUGAUUUACCUACUCCUUCCAACGGAACGAGUACGUUGCACAGCCCAUCAUUCACUCCCAUGAUGCUUCACCUUGAGCGGUCUAUUGGUAGUCUGCCGUCAAACGCACCUGAGGGAACGUCUAAGGUGAAUAAUUUAAGACAAGUCGACCUCACUGACAGUUUUAACUACGAUAACUUUCCGUGCAGCUCUUUGGGAAGCGUCAACGAGUGCAAUCGAUGGCGUCAGUUGACAUCAGAACACGCCUGCACGUACAGUGGCAUGCUUCAAUCACCGAGCUUGAACGAAGAGUCUGAGCCUCUCUUGCGGCCAUCAGGUCAUAAAAAGAAUUUAGCUAAUCUUAAAAGAUACUCUGUCAUGCAUAAUCCAUAUAUGUAUUAUCUUCAGUGA